UCACGGAGGCGCCGCCACUUCCGGCGCCGCUGUCAUGGCGAAGCUCCUCAGCUGCGUCCUGGGCCCGCGGCUCUACCGCGUGCACCGGCCCCGUUUGGGCGGCGCGGCGGGGCCGGGGAGCUCCGGCAGCGACCGCGGGGAGCCGGCCUGGGAUUCCUAUUACCAACCGCGGGGGCUGGAGAAGCACACGGACAGCGUGCUGGCGCUGGCCUCGGUGCUCUGGUCCAUCUCGUACUACGCCUCUCCCCUGGCCGUGUUCUACCUGUACAGAAAAGGCCUCCUCACCAUGUCCCGCGUGGUUCCCCUCUCCCACUGCGCCGCCACCCUUGGGCUCCUCCUUGCUGGGGUCGCCUGCCUGCGAGGGCUGGGCCGCUGGAGUAACCCCCAGUACCUGGAGUUCAUCGCCGUGCUGGAGGAGAGCCACCGCUCAGGCAGCCCUGAGAGCAAGCGCAAGCUCGGCCUCUACACGUUCGACUUCCGCAGCUGGCCCGUGGAUUUCCGCUGGGACAGCGCCGGGCCCGCCUGGGGCGGGGCCCGGGCGGUGCCGCUGCUCCAGAGCCCCCCCCGACCCCGCGGGGGCUCCCGGGGGCUGCUGGGAGCGCUCCGGAAACUUCCGUGUGCCCUCAUCAGGUACGUCCUGGCUCACACCCUGGGCCGCCGGAUGCUGUUCCCGGGCUCGGUGCGGCUGCUGCAGCGAGCGCUGCUGCCGGCCCUGCUGCAGGGCCAGGCACGCCUGGUGGAGCAGUUUGGAGGGCAGAGGGCCAAGCUGGUGGCCUGUGAUGGAAACGAGAUCGAUGCCAUGGUGAUCGACCGGCGGGGCCGGGACCCCCGGGGGGACACCCUGGUGAUUUGCUGCGAGGGCAACGCCGGGUUCUACGAGGUCGGGUGUCUGAGCACACCCCUGGAGGCUGGGUACUCGGUGCUGGGCUGGAACCACCCCGGAUUUGGGGGCAGCACCGUGAGUCUGGG